AUGUCUGAACGUCCCUCAUCUCAGGACUCGGAGGACUCGGAGGACGUGGCGACAGCUAUCGGCUCGUUAUCUAUAGGUACUGACGGGCAAGUGAAGUACCACGGAGAGACCGCUGGUUCAGAGACUGAAGGAGCCGAAAUGCACCGGAAGAUCAAAGAUCCGAAAUACCUAGGUCUUCCCUAUGAGCUCUCCGAGCUCGCGAAUGCCUUCCCUUUCGGCCUGCGGGACUGUCCCUACACUAAGCAGCACUUUAUUCCUUUCCUGCCGAAGAGGGAGCAGACCAUGAGAUUGGCGGAUUUGUACUAUGCAAAUGCGGCGUGGAUGUAUGACCCAGUUGUGCAAGACGAAUUUAUGUGCGAUAUUCUGCCGGCCAUCCUUUUUGACGGCUCGGGCACAGCAAUAAAUGUCGACGCAUUGCAUCCGCACCGGCUUUCGGUAUUCUUUAUGGUACUGGCAACGGGCACGCUUUUCGACGACAGUAUUGAGUCUGCGACCAUCGUCGCGGAGCAGUAUCACGCUCUGGCUUGCGCAGCCCUAUCUUUGAAGUCUAUACUUGACGAAGCUAGUACGACAGCGGUGCAGGCUUUGUUUAUGCUUGUCCAUUUUGUCUUCCUUUCUGAUCGGGGUGGUAACGAACGAAGAUGGCUUUUGUGUGGUAUAUGUAGCCGGAUUGCUCAAAUCGUACAACGGGACAGUGCGGGGUGGAACCUCGAGCCUGCGGAAGUUCAACGGCGGCGUGUUCUUUUCUGGGAGUUGUUUACUUGGGAUGCGUGGACGGCUGUCGUCAAUGGAAGGCCACCCGCGAUGACCAUACACAGCAUAGAUGCGCGCUUCCCAGAAGAUAAUGAUCCUGCGACUAAGGUCUCGGGAGAAGUGGAGCUAGGCUUUCAUGCAUGGAAGUUCCGAUACUCGGCUACCUGCCUGUCUGGUUCAGUCGAUCAUGUCUUCAACAUCAGACAUUCGUCAUAUUCUGCACUGCUGGACCUCGAUCGCAAGAUCCGUACUUUUCCUGUACCAUCGCAUCUUCAGGCACCUGUCGAAGGGUCUGAAGCAGGGCGUUCCUGGUCCGCUGAUUCCGUCAGAGCUUUGCAGCAAUACUGUAUCCUAUGCGAGAAGGAGUCGAUGCUCAUGUACAUCCACCGCAGUUACUUCGCCCAGGCUGUGAAGAACGAUUCCAUUAAUCCCCUUGCGCACAAAUACGCUUCUUCGGUCGUCUCCGCCUAUCGCAGUGCCCUACGGCUGAUAUCAAGUUUGAGAGGGUUAUAUUCCAUACACCCCGCCAAGACCGGGCGGGUGUGGUUCUUUUGGUCGAAUUGCUUCUCCGCUUGUAUCAUCCUCGGCGCUCUCAUCGUCGAGGCGCCAGGAUGCGAACUGGCGUCGAACGCUUUGCAGGAAUUUGAUCAAGCAUAUACCUUCUACGAAGAAGGAUCGCGCUAUUGUAGACCGCCAGCAACCAUGACAACACUUGACAAACUCCGACAACGGGCGCAUGUUGCAUUCCACGCCAUGCGAACAGGAGCGGUGACCGCUGGUGCAGUCAACGGCUCUAGACGUUCCCCGUAUCGCUCAUCUCAGGGCCUGGACGAGUUAGAGGUUCUGGAAGGUCGCAAGUCCGUAAUUGCGAGGAGUCGAUCGCCGUCGCAAUCGCCUUCGAGUCAGGCUGCCAUUCCGCAUUUCCCAGAGUCCGAAGUACGGAGUCAAGGCGGGCACAUGCCCACGCUUCCCUCCCAUUCCAUUACCGAUGGUACCAUGGGCCGGCCGUUUAUCAACCAGUUCGGGGAUACUCAUCCCUCCAUGGUCGGAUUUUAUCAAGGGUACGAGGGUAUGGACUAUGAGGUUCCUGCUGGUCGCUACGCCGCACAUCACGACUAUCAUCAAGUCCCCGGACCCUCUAUGGAUAGAAGGCCGUCUACCGGUGGUCAUAGUCAUAACUAUGGCUCGCAGGCUAUCAUGCCUCCCCCGCCUCAUCAAGCAGCAUCUACUUCUUACGGUGCUGCAGGGUCGGGCCCUCAUCACCAGGCACAGUACCAGUACGCUCCUCACCCUGGUGUUAUGCCCAGUAGGAACCAAGACGAAGUGUGGCGGAACUUCGUCGACCAUCUUGAUCUAUAG